AGGGGGCGGACGCACCGACAGAGAAGGAGAAGAUGGAGGAAAAGCAGAAGUUAUCACCACAAGAAAAUAAAAAGUUGGACAAGAGGGAAGUUUCUUUUGUAUUUGUAGAAUUGGACAGCUGUCAGUCAAACCCCGUCACGCCCGUCCGAGUGCCACCGGGCCACGCCCCCUCCAGGAUAGAUGGAAGAGGCCCAGCAGGAAAUCCCAACGCUGCUUUGUCUCAGUCACAUCCUGCCCGCCCUGACCAACAGAGGCCACAACCAGUCGGCCAGAUAUCACAGUCUGAGAGUGUGGACCAACAGAGCAGUCAGGACGUCCAUCUGUCCAAGUUCUGUACUCACCAGAGAUCAGCAGAAAAGGACCAAAAAGGUCAGAGGCCAGCAGGAAAAGACCAAAGACCAUUGGAGGAGGAUCAAAGUCCGGCAGAAGACAGAAUACCAUUGGGAAAAGACCAGAAAAAUCAGAAUCUAGCAGAGAAGGACCAAAGGACAUCAAUUGAAGACCAGACUACAGCAAAGAAGGACCACAGACCAUUAAGGAAAGACCAGAAACCAACAAAAAAGCAACGAAAAGACCAAGGUUCAGCAGACAAUGACCAGAGAUCAGUGAAAAAACACCACAGAUCAUCUGAAACGGACCAGACAAAAAAAGACCAGAGACCAGCAAAAAAAGACCAGAUUCCAGUCAAGAAAAAGCAGGUUCCAGCAAAGGUGGACGACAGCCCACUGAAAAAGAAUCAGACAAUAGAGAAAGACAAGAAAGACCACAGUCCGCAAGAGAAAGAUCACAGUGCACCAGACGAAGACCACAGUCCACCAGAGAAGGACAAGAAAGACCACAGUCCACCAGUGAAGGACAAGAAAGACCACAGUCCACCAGAGAAAGAUCACAGUCCACCCAACGGAGGCAAGAAAGACUACACUCCACAAGACAAAGAUCACAGUCCACCAGAGAAAGAUCACAGUGCACCAGACAAAGACCACAGUCCACCAGAGGACAAGAAAGACUACACUCCACAAGACAAAGAUCACAGUCCACCAGAGAAAGAUCACAGUCCACCAGACGAGGAUCACAGUCCAUCAGAGAAGGACAAGAAAGACUAUAGUCCACCAGACGAAGGCAAGAAAGACUACACUCCACAAGACAAACAUCACAGUCCACCAGUGGAUGACCACAGUUCACCACAGAAAGACAAGAAAGACCGAAGUCCAAAAGAGAAAGACCAUAAUCCAUCAGAUAAAGACCACAGUGUAACAGAGAAAGAAGCGAAAUAUCACAGUCCAGCUAAGAACGAAGUGAAAGACCACCAUCCAGCUAAGAAAGAUCAUAAACAAGCAGAGAACGACCGGAGUCCAUCAGAAAAGAACCGCAGCCCAGCAACGAAAGACCAGAGACCAGUGGAGAAACAGCAAAAACCAUCAGAACAAGAUAAGAAUUCAGAAGAAGAAAUUAAUGACUCAUUUGAGAAGCACCACAAACACCAAACCCCAGAAGAGAAGGACUACAAACAUCAGUCACCAACAGAGGACCAAAAGGACCAAAGUGCAGCAGAGACUCGACUGAUGAAAAACGAGCUGGAUGGCCAAAGUAUUUCUGAACAUAGAAAGUACCAGAAUGCUUUAACAGAAGAUUCGACUUGCUCAAAAGCUGAACAACCAGGACCAGAAGAUCCCCCUCCAUUUAAACUAGAGAAAACACCACUAGAUCCUUGUCCUUCACAGCAACAGAAACUGGAAAGUUCUUCUCCCACCAAAACACCUCAACCCAAAGGGCAACCAAAUCUACUUACACCUAGUCUUCUUUCUACAGACCUGAACAAACGCGAAGCAUUUCAUCAACCAAAACAGGAACCAGGUCAGCAACCAGGACAAGGAAUAGAUCCAGACACAAAACCAGAACUAGAACGGAAAAAAUCAGACCAAACGCUUGAUCAGCAAUCACAUGAAGAACUAGAAUACCAAGCAGAAGAGCAAACAGAACUUUCUCAGAUUCAAAACCAAAAGAAACCUCCAAUCAAAGAACAAAGUGUUGAGAAGUCGCCUCUUCCUGACUUGAACACUGAGCAGACUCUUCCUGAUAAAGUCCAGCAGAGCAACCUGGCUCCUCCAACCAAGGACUCAGACGUGGUUCCAGCUCUAGCCCUCAACAUUGAGCUCUUCAGGGACCAGGUCGAGCCUCACCCUGCAGUUUCUUCACCAAGUGAGCCCAAACUGUGUGGCUUCCUGCAGAAGCAGGGGGGACCGCUGAAGGCCUGGAAGCAGCGCUGGUUCACCUAUGAGGAGAAGAAGAACCAGUUGUUCUACUACCGAACACCACAGGAUGUGAUGCCGCUAGGCCAGGUGGAGCUCAAAGGUGCCACCUUCACGUACCCCCUGAAAGCCGAGAAAGGCACCUUUCACAUCAAGACACCUGAACGCACCUUCAUACUAAAGGCCAUGAGCCAGGAGCUGAUGCUCUACUGGCUGCAGCAGCUGCAGAUCAAGCGGUGGCAUCACAGACAGAACCAGUCCUGCACAGACCCGACGAGCAACAGCAGCAGCACAAACAACAACAGCACUGCUGUGUGCGCAGACGACUUCCUGCCUGCGUUGAAGAGCCCAAUAGGUUUGGUCGGAGAGGAGGCGGCUAACACUCUCACACUGCGGACGCCACUCACCAACGUGUCCAUCAAGCAUCCGCUCAUCGAGCUACAAAAUUCAGUGCACUCUCUGAGGAAGAGGUCAUCUCAGGAGUUAAGUCAGAGCAUGUUUUAUGUCGAUGCUCCACCCAGAGUCGAACCGGGCACCACCGAGGCCGCCAAUGCUGCUGUGCCAUCACUGCCCAGUGCCCCCUCAGAGCCUCCAACUCCGACCUCUGUGGCUCCGCUAGCUGAUCCGGCAGGUCAGUUAUCUCCACUUGAAGGCAGGGAGUCAUCAUCGCUCUUCGACAGCUACCGCAGGAAGAUGAAGACUUCAAGUAUGCCCACCAUGUCGAUGCGACGCAAAGACUCGGAACGCACGACUCGUCUGCUGCAAGAAAACCAGAUGCUGAUGGAGGAGGUCAAAGCUCAGAAGGAGCUGGUGUGGAUCCUCCACAAGGCGCUGGAGGCGUCUCAGCUGGAGAAGCGGACCUGUGCAGAGUUCUUGUCGGUGGACGGGGAGCAGGAGCGUCUGGAGCUGCUCCGUCACCGCGAGCGUCAGGCCGCUGACCUGCGGGGCAAACUGGAGGAGGCGGAGGCCACGGUAGAGGCGGCAAAGAAGAGUGCAGUGAGUCGGGAAGCACAGGUGUCGGAGCUGCAAAAGAACAUCCGGAUGCUGACAGAGAAGAACAAUGCCAAGCAGGAGGUCAUCAUCAAGCUGUCUGACCAGAUGACCUCCUACCUGUCCAAGCCGCAGAGGUCCUGCUCACCCAGCUGCAGGGACGCUCAGGAAUCUGUACCCCUCAAACAGCUGCAGCAGGAGGUGGAGAACCUCAAGGAUGAUAUUGAAGCAUACAAGAUCCAGAAUAAGUUCUUGAACUCAGAGAUCUACCAGUUGACCAAACUGUGGAGGACCAGCUCACAGCAGGAGAAGAACCUGAUGGUGAAGUGUGCCCACCUGGAAGCGAUAAACUGUCAGGUGGAGAGCCGUUACCUGGGCGUUCUGCGCCAACUGCAGGAAACCAAAUCUCUGGAUCCGGUCCAGCGGGAGGCCGUCCAGAAGAUGAUCGAGGACGCUCUAAAAAGCCAAAUGACGAGCGUCUUGAAACUCAACCCGAACAGGGACUACGAUGAGUACGGCUUCAAGAUUGUCCCGGACUAUGAGGUGGAGGACAUGAAGCUACUGGCAAAGAUCCAGGCACUGGAGAUCCGGUCCCACAACCUGCUGCACCAGGAGGCUGUGGAGCGACCCCUGUUGAGCCGCUGGGCUCAGUAUCUUGCCGGCAGGUCGGACCAGGACCUCUGUCCCUCCCUGGAGCUCAAAGUUCUGGUGCGUGGGGGCAUCCCCCCUGAGUACCGACCCAGAGUGUGGCGCUGGAUUGUCCAAGCCAGAACCAAAACCAUUCAAGACCACCAUCCACAGCACUACCAGCAGCUGUGCGAGAAGAGUCGGACUUCUCCCCAUCCAGCCUCCAGGCAGAUUCAGCUGGACCUCCACCGCACACUGACAACCAAUCAGAACUUCUCCCCUUCCAGCCCCGCCCUCCAGCAGCUCCGACGUAUCUUACUGGCCUUCUCCUGGCACAACCCAGCCAUCGGUUACUGUCAAGGACUCAACAGACUGGCGGCCAUGGCUCUGUUGGUCCUCCAGAAUGAAGAGGAUGCCUUCUGGUGUCUUGUGGCUGUUGUCGAGUCCAUCAUGCCCCUGGACUACUACACCAAGAGCUUAGUGGCCUCUCAGGCGGACCAGAGGGUUCUGAAGGACUUCAUGAUAGAGAAACUCCCCCGCCUGGCGGCUCACUUUGAGGAGAAGAACAUUGACGUCUCACUGGUCACCUUCAACUGGUUCCUGGUGGUUUUCGUGGAGAGUCUACCCAGUGAUAUCCUGCUGCCACUGUGGGACGCCUUCCUGUACGAGGGCACCAAGGUGAUGUUCAGGUAUGCUCUGGCUCUGUUCAAAUACAAAGAGGAGGACAUCUUGAAGAUCAGUGAGAGUGUGGAGAUCUAUCAGUAUCUGCGCUUCUUCACCAAGACCAUCUCCGACAGCAGGAAGCUGACCAACAUCGCCUUCAACGACAUGAACCCGUUCCCCCUGCGCCUGCUCAGGAACCGCCGGGCGCUUCACCUGGACCGCCUGCAGGGGGAGCUGCACGAGCUGGAGGAGCAGCAGAAGGCCUUCCUCACAGAAAGCGCAGAGCACAAAGACAAGGACGUCGACAUGGCAGCCAGCGAGGACGAUGACGACCUCUGACCCCCAAAACCUUGACUUUUCACCAACAACUGUAACUCCACACUACAUUUCCGACUCAUGACCCUAAGCCAUGACCUCCAACCUCUAACUGAGUUAGUUGUUUGAACACUCAUAAAUUGUAAACCUAAGUCACUUUAUGUUUGGAAAAUCUAAAGUCGGGUCACUGUGGCUGUGGACCAUGAUGCAUUGGGCUCUCACUGUUGGAGAAAAGAGGUCAGUUAAAGCACAAAACAUCUGGAACAUCUUUGUGGGAGGGAGCUGGAGACGAGAGCGGCGGGUCGCUUCAUGGAGAGCGGUGAAUUUUACGGGCACUUCUGAGGAAGAGGAAGAGUGGUGAGUUUCAUGGAACGCAGCAAGAGCUUAGUGGAAACUGGAAAAAAAAAAAUGGACAUGCUUGAGUUAAUUUCUCAGACUGUUUCGCACAACAGGCUUGAUUUCAAUCUCAAAGUGCAUUCUGGGCGACGGA